AUGUCGAGACCUUCCACACCCUCGGGUCGGUCGAACCUGAUGGAGAAGCUUUUCAACAAGAUCCGUACUCCGACUUCGUCCUCGGGAGGCGCAGCGUCGUCGUCGUCGUCCACAUCGGCGAACGGCAACCACGCCCAAGGCUCGAUCGGCGCGUCAUCCUCAUCUCCCUUUUCACUCUCCACCGCUUCUCUCCUCCGACGCAACUCGUCUCGCUCUUCAUUCCAUUGCGGUGGUUCCUCAGCCAUGGCGUCGACCUCGUCGCUCGCUUCGAAUUCAUCCUCGCUCGCGGCAGGCGCUCUCGGAGCUCUAGAUUUCGAGGAUGACAACGAUGUACCCUUACCCGAAUUCGAAUCCGACGCUUACCUCUCCAAUGCAUCAUGGAACGACAAUGGCUCCUCCGUCAAGGCGUCCUCUCCGACGUUCCCAUCCUCAUCGCCGUCCACAUCGCGAACAGCCGUCAACGCCGGAGCGGGGGCGAUCAGUCAACCUCGUCCUUCGUUCUCGUCGUCAGGAGGUCGACCCUCGUUCGAUCAACUCGACGGACCUUUGAACAACCCACCUCGGUCCUCGUCAAGCAUGUCCCGUCACUCCCCGCCGUUACCCUUCUCCAACCCGCUCUUACGAUCCAACACCAGCGCCAAUAGCGGAGGGGGCAGCGGUUCCUCCUCAGGGAUAGGUUCCGUCGGCGUCGAUAGCUCAGGUGACGGGCUGAGGAAAUCGACCUUUAUCAGUCGGGCUGCGGCAAACGCGAGCGGUUCGACUUCAAGUAGUAAUUUGAGGACGUUGGCGAGGAGUUGGACGAAGAGUAAGGAGAAGUUGACCGGUUCGGGGACUUUGUUGGCACGAACGAGAGCGGAUUUGGUCAAUGGUGCCGAGGGGGAGGAUGGAGCUGCUCAUGCAGAGGAUGCGCGUAAAACAAACGAAAUGGUGAGUGUUUCAGUGUUGAAGCGAUUUACAAAAUGAGAUCUUGGAAAUAACUCUCCGGUCUCUGACCUCCUUCAGGAUUCGAGAUCUUCUCCGACCCUCGCCUCCUCCUUGUCGCACAGCCGAGUAACUCUCGAACGCCGAACGUCGAACGACCGCAUACUCUCCGCGUCCCAACCCGCCCUCUCCACCUUCGCCACCACCACUCCAGCCCUCCCCAGACCAGGUCUGACAGCCUCGACGAAAGCGACGGGAGAACGAACAGGCGGUCGAGGAUGGCUCGAACGCAAGUCCUUGAUGCAGAGUCAAACUGGGACGGGAGGUACGGAGGUGAAAAAGAGGAGGGCCCAGAGGGUCAAUUUGCAGGAGUUGAUGGCGAAGAAGGAGAGGGACGGCUUGGAAGGGCCAAUUAGUGAUGCCGGCGAUCACGGGGAGAGUGGUCAGUCAACUUUCUCGAUUCUCGUGAUCCGGGACUGCCUGUGGCGCAGCAUAUUGAUCACUUUCAUGAUCCCUUCGAGUUGUACAGCAUCCGAAUCGAAUGCUUCGCCGCCGUUACGACCGCCCCUUUCGCCGCACAAUCGAUCCCGAUCUGAAGUGACGCCUUCGUCGCCUCGCCUCGUGUCCAAGGACAGAGCAGCGGCUACCGUGACUAUCGUCUCGUCAUCUUCGACCUCAUACGCCCGACCUGGUUCGUCUUUGUCGCAAUACAAUACCUCGUCCAGCACAGACACCUCUCCGCCGACACUCGGCAGCAGUACGCGAUCACGCUCGACUGCGCAAACGACGGCGACAAUGAACAUAACCUCUUCGACCAACGCCGUCGCCGCACCCAAAGUCCCAUCCGUUCCUACCGAAAUGCCAGAAAGUAGCACGAUGCUCCGCCAACGCUUCUUGGUCAGUCGAAGUUCGACCCCUUCCGAAACCUCUUCAGGUCCCUCCCCGAGUCCGCCACCCCCACCUUCAAAGCCCGCCCUCGAGAACAAGUAUCGCCUUCCCUCGAUGAGUCCACCUGAACGGGAAGCCGAAGGACGACCUGAAUCGCCCUCGAUGAUGACCUACGCCGCUCGACGAGGUGCCUCGAUUGAUGGCGGUAACGCGUCAAUGUCGAGGGAGGAAACGAUCAUGGCCCUCCCACCUCGUGCGGCAUCAAGUAUCGCCAUGUAUCGCGAUGAGAUGCCAGCCCAACCGAUCCAUCAUGCGAACUAUGCGAGCAGUUCUUUACCGAGUCGAUCGACGGGUGGGGCUUUGCCAUAUGUCGAUGAUCGAGCGGCGGAGUACCAGGCUCAGAACUUCCCUGCUCGACCUGGGUCGGCGAUGGAGCUGUACCAUGACGAGAACGUCUAUUCGUCAUCACGCACAGCUACCACAGCUACCACCGCUGCACCGGUCGUCGCGCCUACGACAACGAAUGGCAGGACUGUCUUAGGGGAGACGUAUAGGGCUACGAACAUCGGUCCUCCUUUGACGACGGCGAAUGGGAGACAAUACCCGCCUUCUUCCCAACCUUUUUCGACUAAGCCGACGGCGGUCCCUGCUCCGGUCGAGUAUCAAGUACCUUUGAGAGAUCGAUCACCGGGGAUGGCGGAGGCGACACCUGUUGCGUUGUACCAUCAACAACAACAGCAGCAACAGCAGCAACAGCAGCAGCACUACGCCCAGCAACAACAACAACAACAACAAGCAUAUGACCCUCAAAUGGAGCGCCAGCUUCUGGCACGGCAGUACCAACAAGCGCAACAACAACACCACAUGACGCAACCGCUCAAACCGGCCAAGAAGAGCCCCCAAUGCAUCAUCGUCAAUAACAAACCCUACGCCCGCGCCGGUCUUUUAGGUCGAGGUGGCUCUUCCCGCGUCUACCGUGUCUUGGACGAGAAGAACCAACUCUUCGCGAUCAAAAAAGUCGACAUUUCGAAAAACGACGCCGAAUCAAGGCAGAGUUUCGCGAAUGAGAUUUCGUUGUUGGAGAAGUUGAGGGGCAAGCCGCAGAUCAUUCAGUUGAUCGAUUCCGAGAUUGGGGAGAACAAGAGGCAUUUGUUGAUGGUGAUGGAACAGGGGGAAACGGAUUUGAAUAAUCUGUUGAAUGAACAUUCGGGGAAGAAGAUUAGUAUGAACUUUAUUCGGUAUAUCUGGGAAGGGGUGAGUUCUCUUGCUGUGAGGAUGAUGAGGGAUCGAGUUUGGGUAGCUGACAAGGGCUGCUCUUCCCUCCUAAGAUGCUCGAGGCCGUUCAUGUGAUCCACAACGAAAACGUCGUUCAUACCGACCUCAAACCGGCCAACUUUGUCCUCGUCAAAGGCCGACUCAAGCUCAUCGAUUUCGGUAUCUCCAAGACGAUUGCGAAUGAUACGACCAACAUAGGGAGGGAUCAACAGAUUGGGACGGCGAACUAUAUGCCUCCUGAGGCCUUGAUUGAUUCGGGAAUGGGGAGGGAUGGCAAGAGGUUGAUGAAGGUGCGUGCGGGUAUCCGUUUUCGUCAUCAUUCACGAAAGCUGUGGUACUGACCCAUAUUCGAUUUUCUCCUCACAGCUCGGCCGAGCCGCCGACGUCUGGUCCCUAGGUUGCAUCCUUCACCAAAUGGUCUACGGCCGCACGCCCUUCGCGCACAUCCGCGACAUCGGUCAAAAGAUCAUGGCGAUCCAGAACCCCAACUACAAGUUCGAAUUCGCGCCUACCACAACGCCCGUCGAUGAACGAGGGGUCGAGAUCCCUGACUUGCAGACGGAGUUGAUCGAGGAGGUAUUGGAGACGUUGGAGUUGUGUCUCAAGUUUGAUCCCAAGACGAGGGCAACGAUCCCGGAGUUAUUGGAGCAUCCGUUUUUGAGAAAACGUAAGUUGGCUCUGUAGUUUGGACAAUCUGAGGGUCGGGGACUGAUCUUCCUAUGGAUUUGCAAACCUGCUCGAAGCGGCUCCACCGAUCAGGGAGGAAGAUCUGCAUUGGCUCGUGCAGAGCGUGACCAAACUAGUGACGGGCAAGCAGCUCGACGAGACGGACAUGCCCAAGGUUUCGGACGUGAGUCAUAGCUCAAGGUAUAGAUAACCUGAUGGAGGGCAAUCGAGCUGACAUCUUUCGCGGAUUGGCGUAACAGAAAUUGAUGAGGGGUCUGAUCGGACGCGCUCGAGGCCGGGUUUACGAUCGAUACAAGUGA